GAUCGGCGGCUGUGGCCCGUCGUCGUCAAACCGCGGGGCUCAAUCCAAUUAAGUGUUUAGAGGCGAGACGCCGAGAAUAGCGCCAAUUACAGCAAAAAGUUUCAGGACGUCAGCGUGGCGCCGGGGGGCCAGUCGAGCAGACGGACGGGGCACCGUGCACAGCUGAUGUCGCCGAGGAGCGGAGCUGCCUUUUCGCGAGGGGACGUCAAAACGGCACUGCCAUGAUCGCAAGGAUUAUUUUGGAUCCGUGGUGGGAGCGCUGAAGAACACGCGAAGGAUCAGACCGCGGACAUAGGUAACUCACGGUACCAGGAAUGUGUGCAGGAUGAGCAGCACAUUUGUCACAUUAGCCGAGGUACUGGAGGCACGAGGGGGACCUCUGCUGGAGGAGGAGGUCUGGUCCCUGCUGCUGGGCACUGCAGAGUCUUUAGUGGAUGUCUCCUAUAAGGGUCACAACAAUAUGUGUAGUAUCAUAAGCCCCACCUCCCUGCUGCUGUCAGCCACUGGUACCUUAGCGUUUAAGAACUGUGGCCUAUCAGAUAACGUGUCCACCUUCACCGCUCCAGAAAUGCUGCAGGGCCGUGCCAGCUCAACCAAACCUGCCAUAGAGAGGGUGCUGGUGUAUUCACUGGGUAUGACUCUCUACUGGUCAGUUGAUUUUCACCUACCUCAAAAUCAGCCGGUCCAGUUGAGUGACCAUCUAAACAGCCUCCUCCUCAGCAUGUGUGAGGACCUGGCCCACCGCAGGGUAAACCUCAACUCCAUCCUGGAAGCCUGCGAGUCUCAGCAUAAAGCCUCCAUCCUGCCACCGCCCGCCAAAGUCAUCAGACAUCUGGUGGAGGAGGUUUUUCAUGAAUCAAUGGACCAUGGCUCUUUGCCAGACAGUAACGUCCCUUUGAGUGGCAGGAGUCAGAUGAUCAGAGAGAGGCUUCAUGGAAAGAGAGGGCCAUUUUCAGACUUCAGCGAAGGGAGUCCUGAAGGGAGGAGAUACUCAACGGACUCUGACUCAAAGUCAGGGAGUUUACCUCAGAGAUCUUGGAAACAAAGACCAAGGAGCUCUCCCACACCAUUGUACCAAUCUUCUUUAGACAGACUUCCCCGCGGGGUUCGUCACAGGGACAGCAACUGCAGUUGGGUUGGUAGAAGCCCCCACCAUGACAUCUCUCCCAAAACAUCAGGCAGAUCGCACAGUCCCUCCAUCACCUUCAGCGAGUCCUCACUCAGUCUGAGCCAGAGGAAAUCUAAGGCUUUGGGCCCCGAGUUCAUCAGAAUGCCAGAUGAACAACAGACUGUUCUCGAGCUUCCAGGAUCCAUUGUGUCCAGAAAGGGCCGUUCAUGUGCGUCUCAGAGAGAAGUGACAGUGGUGCUGCCUAACGGACAGUAUGUGGUGGUCCGCUGUGACAUUAAGUCCAGAGCAAGAGAUGUGUUUGACAUGGUGGUGGCUCAUGCAAACUUGGUGGAACACUUCUACUUUGGUCUUGCCUUCCUAGAUGAUGAUGAAUAUUUCUUUUUGGACCAUGAAACAAAAAUCUCCAAGGUUGCGCCUGACAGUUGGAAAAAGGGGCAGAUAUCCUCCUUCUUCGUGUUUCUUCGAGUGAAAUUUUUUGUUGAUGACAUUUCCUUCAUUUUGCACAGACUGACGCGUCACCAGUACUACUUACAGCUGCGUAAGGAUAUCUUGGAGGACAGGCUUUACUGUAAUGAGGAGACAGGCUUGUUCUUAGCUGCUCUUGCUCUGCAGGCUGAGUUUGGGGAUUACAUGUCAGAGUUGUAUGGUAAGAAUUAUUACCAGCCAGAGCAUUAUGUGUCCAAGAGGAUGCUGGAGAAGCUUGCCCUGCCCAGUCUCAGGGAAGAGUUGCCAAGACUACAUGCAAGUCAUGCCCAGAUGGUGCCUGACGAGGCAGAAACAGAGUACCUGAAGAUCGCCCAGCAGCUGUCUGAGUAUGGGGUUAUGUUCCACCGUGUGGGGAGAGAGAAAAGGCCAUUGAUUGGAGAGUUGGUGUUGGGAGUCUGUGUCAAAGGAAUCAUCGUAUACGAGAUGAAGAACCACUUCCGGGCUGUCACCAGGCGCUUCCUCUGGAGGGAAACGGACUCCAUAGCCACUGGGCGGCGCAAACUGAUUAUAGAGUGCGGAGGGCCAAGUGGGAAAAAGCACAUUUUUAUAACAGAAAGCUCAAAAAUAGCACAGUACCUCCUGAACCUCUGCUCGGCACAGCACAAAUUUCACAGCGAGAUGACAUCACGACAACUUAACCACACCAUGAUACCAGAUGAAAACCUAGACAAGUACAUGUCUGUCUACCGGGGCCGCAACUUGAACCUGAAGCAGAUGUCCUGCUCAGAGGGCAUGUUGCACCAUAUCGGUCUGACACCUGGUCAACCAGACUCCCUCUCCAAGUCCUGCGACGACCUGACGGCCAAGCUGGAGGCCCGACUCCGCCAGCAGAGAGAGAUGAGGAGGCAGAUGAGCAGAGAGCUGAACAAAGAGCCCCCUGAAACAGGAGACCUCAGGGACAUGAAGGAUCGACAGUGUUGGAGCACUUCAGAGCCAAUUCCCAGAAUGAUGUCCAGCGUCUCGCUACACAAGCAAGACUCUGACGCCUCUUCCUCUGUACGAGUUGAUACACCAACCCGGACCCCACCAGAGAGAGAGAUAGUCUGUGUGACCCUGAAAAAAGAUCCCAAACUGGGCUUUGGCUUUGUGAUCGUGGGAGAGGACAAUACAGGUAAACUUGACCUUGGGAUCUUCAUUGCCUCCAUUGUGCCUGAUGGGCCUGCGGACAGAGAUGGACGUAUCAAACCCGGUGGAAGACUCAUCUCACUAAACAAGACUAGUUUGGAAGGGGUGACAUUCAGUGACGCUGCUGCCAUCUUACAGAGCAGCCCUGAAGAGGUGGAGCUCAUUGUGUCCCAGCCUAAACAGUCUCUGAGGGAUCUUAAGAAUUCCUUGAGUCAAAGCACCAUGGGUUUGGCAUUGGAAAAGGGCUUCGGGUCACAGACCACUCUGAGUGGCACAGAGUUCCGUCCUGCCAUGGAGGAACUGGAGGAUGCAAUCACUCUGUCCAACAUGGCAACCCCAAAGCAGAGCAGGAGGCUUCACAUUCCUGUUGUGAGGAUCCAUGAUGCCCAGGAUGCGUGUUCCAGGUCCCCGUCUAUCUUAAGUUUGAAAACUGGCGAGCGGUUUAUAGUGGAGCUCAAGAAAAGCAAUGGUAGUCUUGGAAUCAGUGUUGCCGGAGGUAUUAACACCAAUGUGCGAUACGGUGGCAUCUACAUCAAGACUCUGGUGCUAGGAGGCGCUGCAGAGCAGGACGGGCGCAUUCAGAUCGGUGACAGACUGCUGGAGGUUGACGGGUCUAACCUGAGGGGCGUGACUCACCACCAAGCUGUCGAGUGCCUGAAGAGGACUGGGGAGGUGGUGAACCUGCUGUUGGACAGGGAGCCCAUGGUAAUCUUGGAGCCCAGAACUGACUCACCCUGCCCCCCAUUAGCCCACAGUCAGUCACACAUACAGCCCCCCAGGACUGAGGUCUCCAUGGAAACGACCUUGAGUGGUCGCGCCAAGGACUACAGCUUUGUGACUGAUGAAAACACACAUGAAGUUGUGCUAAGGAAGAGUUUGUCCGGACUCGGCUUCAGCUUUAACAUCUCACAGCUGCAUUCGGCGCAAGACCGCGGCAGCGUGGUGCGCAUCAAGCGCCUGUUCCCGGGUCAGCCGGCGCUAGAGAGUGGCCUGCUGCGAGAAGGAGACGUCAUCCUGUCUGUCAACAGAGAGUCAGUGAAGGACCUCUCUUACCAGAGGGUUUUGUUCCUACUACGUGGAGCUCCGUCUGAAGUUCAUCUGCUGAUUUGCCGCCCAGGUCCUGGAGUACUAUAUGAUUUAGAUGAUAACACACUGAUUACUGCAGCCAAGCGUGAGUUUCGAUCCCAGUCUCUGGACAUCCGACUAGGAGAGGACUACAGCCAGCUCCUGAGGUUUCAGUAUGAGGUCAACAUAACGGCCCAAAAGCAAGCCGCCAACCAGGAGGAAGAUCUGACCAACACAGCAGAGAUUAACCCGGAACCCCCUGCAGCUCCAGCACUCCUGGAAAGCCAGGAGAGUCCGAACGGCGGAGUGCCGGUCAACCAAACUCCUCCACCACCUCCCCGCUCACCCCCGUCACCGACGUCACCCACAUCACCUCCAUCACCAGUCUCGCCGGCGUCACCUGUCUCACCGGCAUCACCCACAUCACCUGCAUCACACACCUAUGGCUCUCCGCCAGCUCCAGCUGAGUCUCAAUCAAUCCUGAGGAAUCCAGAGGAGCAACAGGAAGUAGAGGCCAAGGAGAAGGAAAAGGACGUGGAAGAGGAGGUUGCAACGACAUCGAGUUCAACUGUGAUACUUAUGGAUGUCUGUCCCAAGACCGCUUCAAACGCUGUAUAUGCCAGUGGGGUCAGAGAGGAUGCAGAUGGGAGUGUGACCUACUGCCUCAUGGGAAAUGGGCUAACUAUCAUGGCAGAUGAAGAGUACCUGACCAUCAGCUCUACCAUGGAGCCUGCUCACAGCUUCCCCUCCAGUCUGGCCACUCACACCCCAACAACCACCCUCGCGGCCCCUGGCUCUCAAACCUCCAACAGUUCCUGUAGUUUCAGCUCUCAGAAUCCAGACCUCGGCCCGCAUGUCCCAGCUACCACCAUCUCGCCCCUCAGCCUCUCGUCUGACACCCUGACCACCUGCUCCCUGGCCCAUCCAUCCCAGCCGCUCACGACUCAGCCACCGAAAGCCAAACAUCACCCGAUCCAGCAGGGGCGUCUUCCAAGUCACUACAAAGCCUUUUCUGAGAGCAGCCGGCCUGUGGGGCCUCCGCCUCAACCUCCUGCUCCACCGCUGACCCCUAUCACGGCCCAGAUCAUCUCUUCUGUUCCGCCCUGUGUCAGUCCGCCUGCCCCGAUGCUGCAACCAACAGUGCUACCCACUCCUGUCCAGAGCCAUACACAGCUGAGGGAAGAGCCAGAGAAGAAAAAAAGGGAAUACAAGGACGAUGAUGAGGAGGAUGACGAGGAAGAGGCAGAGAGUCGCAGAAAGGGAUUGGUAAAGGAGUUUGAACUGACAGUGGUUCUUACCAAGUCCCGGAGUGGAAGCUUUGGGUUCACCAUCACGCGCAGCAAGCUGGACAACUGCUACUACAUACAGGAGAUAUUGGACAACCCUGCCAAGGCAGAUGGACGACUCAGGGCCGGCGACAGACUCGUCACUGUGAACAGGCAUGAUGUCACCAGUGUGGCAGACGAUGUUGCCAUGACGAUUCUCAGGUCAUCUCCAAGAAGACUGAGCAUGACCCUUGGGAGGGCGGUUUCCAACCUGGUGGCCCCACCGUCCUGCGACAGCCUGCCUGAUAUUGUUCUGUACAAGACACCUUCAGGGCAACUCGGUAUAAAGCUAACAGGGGGCAUUGGCAGCAAAUGGCAGGGCAUCUACUGUCUGGAGGUGGUGCAAGGCUCCCCAGCCAGCGAGGAGGGGAGCGUCCAACCCAAUGACAAGAUCCUCUACAUCUGCGGCAGGUGCACCCUGGGCAUGACGCUAGAGGAUGCAGUCAAAGCCUGUGAGAUCGCCCCUCGUAAAGUCAAACUUAAAAUCCUCAGAGAGGACCAGCCAGUGACCCCCAAGGCUAAGUGGAACGGCCUGUUUGACUGGAAAAAGGAAAGGAAGUCCUUUGCUCGUUUUGAAGAGCCCGUCUCCCCAGAGAGAGACUCACCCACCGAAGAGGAUGAGGCUUUGUGUAGGACUGCCGGUAAAUUCAGAUGUCUCUCUCUCAGCCAAGAACAGGACAGUUGCAUCAUGCAAGUGGAGUUCACGAAACCAGACGGAGGAGGCCUUGGUUUUGCUUUGGUUGGAGGGACCAAUGGGAGCAUGCUCAGAGUGAAGGAAAUUUGCUCGGGUGGAGUGGCUGAGCAGGACGGCCGGCUGAGAGUGGGAGACAUUGUAUUAGAGGUGAACGGUGUGAUUGUUUCGGGCCUGAGCCACAGCAAAGUGGUGGAUAUCCUGCGUAAAGCUGAGGGCACUGUGCAACUCACCAUCUGCAGAGACAUCCUGCCCCUGAGCUACUCCGAAUCACCCACUCUGCUCAACAUGUCCUCACAGACUGAAGCUAUUGUAGCCGAGCCACCGGCCCCCGAUACCCGCUCCUCACCUGACGACAUGCUGAAUAGGCCAGUUGAGCAUCCGCCUGAGGCGACUCCAGACCCCGUGGUCAAAGAAACGGGUGUUAUCCUAACGUCGCCACCUCCUCCGCCACGCCGACUGACUAUCGUAACGGACGAGACCGAAAUCAUACAGGAGAGCUGUAACAGCACCCCCUCUCAUCAAGCUUGCUGCCCGUCCCUCAAUGUCACUGACAUGUUGCAUGGAGCUUCCGACAGGAAACAAAUUGUGACCAAACUUUUGGACCAGUCCUGCAAAGACAUCCGGAAAAUCCAGUCAGACGGCUGGAGCAGCGAAGAAGAAGAUGAUGAUGUAUUUGGCGCCACCGAACAGGAAAUGACAUCACCCCACACAGGCCCACCAAUAGUGUCGGAGGACGAGCUGGCCAGCUUAGCUCUCAUCAGCCCCGCUCGGACCAGCCAGGAUUCAGGGUGCAGGGUCAAAGCUCUCAUCCAGAUUCUGCAGCAUCAAGUGGACGAGCAGGAACUGGUCAAAGAGUUCAUGGCUCUGGAACAUCUGAAGCCCUCUGACAACUGUCUGGUGGGAAAAGCCCCCGAGAACCGGGACAAAAAUCGCUACAGAGACAUCCUACCCUAUGACAAGACACGUGUUGCCAUUGGAGAGAACCAGGACUAUAUCAACGCCAGCUACAUCCGCAUGCAAUUUGGUGACGAAGAGUUCUUCUACAUCUCCUGCCAGGGCCCGCUGCCUUCCACAGUUUCAGCCUUUUGGCAGAUGAUCUGGGAGAACAAAUCAGACGUCAUUGCCAUGAUGACCCAGGAGGUGGAACGGGGAAGGAUCAAGUGUCACAAGUACUGGCCAGAGAAGCUGGGCAUGCCCCUGGACACCGGCAGGUACCAGAUCCACCUGGAGAACCAACAGCACCUGGAUUACUUCCACAUUAAGGUCAUCCGAAUGGUGGAGAUGGAGACCAACGAGACACAUUCCGUCCGUCACCUGAAGUUCACACACUGGCCAGACCAUGGCGUGCCGCACUGCUCCGAGCAGCUGGUUCGCUUCCUCCGCUACCUGAGGGCAGUGCACCACAAGGGGCCAGUGACCGCUCACUGCAGCGCCGGCAUCGGACGCACAGGAGUUCUCAUCUGCACUGACAUCAUCCUCAGUCUCAUUGAGAAGGAUUUACCUAUCAAUGUGAGCGACAUUGUGAAGGAGAUGAGACUUCAGCGGCAUGGAAUGAUUCAAACCAAGGAACAAUACCUCUUCUGCUACAAAGUCUGGUUGGAGGUUUUACAGGGCAUUUUACAGCUUCACAGCAACCAAUGGCAACCCGAUAGUCCCCGAGACCACAAACUAGUUUGAAUGUUUCCACUUUCACUCCACCUGCCUGUAAAGCUCAGGCUGUAUUUGUGUAACCUUGUUCGGUCCAUCACGCCACAGACUGGUGGUAACUUUUCUUUGGCUGUUAGUUAGUUUAGUUAGUUAGCACAAAUAUGAAACCUGUAAUUCUCUGUUUUGAUACUUUGUGUUGAGGCCUCUUGGUUAGUUACAAUGACUUCAACUUUAAUCGUUUUGUUCUUACAUGUGCUCUCGGUGCUGUGGUUAAGUCAGUUAAAUUUAGAUCACUGAGGUUGUGUUGCCUUUUCAGGCUUAGUGAUUUGCCUUCUGUCUCUAGCAUUUUCUUUUUUUGUUUGUGUGUGGGUGUCACUAUUUGAAUGUAACCCAUUUAAUUUUCUCCAAACCCUUUAAUUUGCAUUUUGCAUUUUAUUUUUCACAGUCAUAUUGCAUGGAAUAAUAAUAAAAAAAAGAUAAUGUCCACAUCUUUUAACUGGCAGUAGUGUCACUAAUGUCAUCAAAGUGCACAAGUGUAAGAUCAUUGUACCAAAGUUGGUGUCUUUUUGAAACCUCAAUGAGUAGCAUUUGAUUAAGCAUUGUGUUAUCAUUUCAUUAAGUGCAUUACUUACCCUGGCGAAAAGGGCAUUAGCGAAAGAACAAAUAUUGAUUCCUCAGUUAAUCAUGUAAGGUAAUGAAAAGAAUCAAGUGCCUUGGAAUGACUCACUCAAUUGCUCCACACUGACCCGAAGCCACUUGUCACAAGCGGUCGGGGACAGAGAGCAAGGAACUGAUUUUGCGAGCAACCGACGGUGGCUAGACUGAACGUGCAGCUUUCGGUUUGUGGUUUGGGGUGGAGUUUUGUCGAUCCAAACCAGAGGAGGGUUACAUCUCACCUUUUAGUUAGUUAGAGUGUAACUUUGAAUCAACGUGAAGUUUGCCUGUCAAUCUUUUUUGUUUGUUUGUGGGCCCAUUUUAUACAAAACAGUAUCACAAUUAAAGUCUCACUCCCAACUUGCACACCCUAAUACAUAUAAAGAAUCAUUCAGUGUAACAAAUCUUUUGGGGGACGAAUUAAUGCAUUUUCAAUUCACUCUUUUUUCUAAAAUUUGGACGGGGCAUAAACACUAAGCAGUCAGAUUUAUUUUUGUUUUUGUAAAAUGUGCAAGAAUGAUUUAAAUGUAAAUUAAAUAAUGAGUUGCUCAGGCUUUUAAGUGUGAUCUGUUACGUGACAACAUCCUUUAUCUGUAUUCCAUAGCUAUUUUAAUACAAAAAUGCAAAAAAUAUCACAAGGUUUACAAACUGUCCAUUUUUCCACUUUAGAGCAACAGAGCUGCAUCUCUCCAAGUCACAGAUCAAAGAUGAUUUUUGGCUGCUGGUUUGAACCUCAACCUUUUGGAUGUAAUCUGCUUGUAAGCUUUGUUCUUUUGGCUGCUAUAACGCACACACGCACACACCAGCUCUCCUAUUGCAUGUAGACUCUUUAAAUAGAGAGGUCUGAGUCUGGAGUUUGACUGCUGAAUGACUUGAACAUGAUCAAAAAUUUGGAAUGUAACGAAGCAAUACUCUCCACGACGAGGGGGAGAUCAGAAUGUCGACCUCUUACCCAAUAACACCUUCCAGACUGUUUGGAGCAUGUUGGUAAGACAUUUGAAGCGCAGUACCUUUGGACGGCCACGCAGGGCCAUCAGCCUCUGUGCCGUGUAUGCAUCUUUUCACUCAAUGCUGGUCGGCUAGUUUCCAGCGAUAGGUAAACCGUCUGUUACCUGCAAGCUCAUGUUCUCCUUGAGAUCGCUGUUGCUGUUUUCUCCCUCGGAUCUUGGAAAAUGAUUAUUGUUUAGAAGAAAACAAAAAAAACAAAUGAAAGCACAUUUUGCAUACAUCUGUGAAAAUGCACCUUGUACAGUCAAGCAAGUGCUUAUGCAGUAGCAUUGUGAAAUGUAAUAUCCCUUAAUUGCACAACUGCUUAUUUACGCUCAAUUAAUAUCUUGUCACUGUACCAGCCACUAUGUAACCGAUGACUGAGAACAAUGUAAUACCUCUCUCUUUAAUUAAAAACUAUUCUGAAACUUG